AUGUCUGAGAUGAAUACCGCAUUCACUGACGCCAUGUACGAGGCACGCUGCCCAGUAUAUGCCUCUUUCUUCGGAGCGAUGGGCUGCGCAGCCUCCAUCGUCUUCACCGUCCUAGGCGCAUCCUACGGGACAGCCAAGUCAGCCGGUGCCAUCUUCUCGUCCGGCAUCAUCCGCCCGGAUCGGCUGAUGCAGAACACCCUCUGCGCAAUUAUGGCCCAGAUCCUAUCCAUUUAUGGACUAGUAGCCAGCGUUAUCAUCGCAGGUGACCUAGUCGAGAAGCUACCUCUACAUCAAGGCUUCCUACAGCUUGGCGCCGGCAUCAGCGUUGGGCUCAGCGGUCUCGCGGCCGGCUUUGCCAUUGGCAUAGUAGGAGAUGCGGGAGUGAGAGCUAGCAGUCAACAGCCGCGCUUAUACAUCGGCAUGGUCUUGAUCUUGAUCUUCGCCGAGGUCCUUGGCCUCUACGGUGUCAUUGUUGGGAUCCUGAUGUUGACUAAGUCUAAGGAGAAUGUCACUCAAUGCAUGUAUUGAUCUAGCAGAUCUCCUCGGGAUAGAACAUCUCCGCGAGAGUACGAGAGGGCCAAUCGUUAGUAGUCUUAUGUUGUAUGAGUAUGUAGUGUAUACGUCAGGAGCUAGGAGUCUGUGUACGCGUUGGUUUAUUUGACUAUUUGUUGGACUUUUGAAAUACUUUGUCAGAUCUAAGCUCUAUUGCCGUUAACACGUAAUGCCAAUACACUUCGUGAAUUGUAUUGUAUUGUAAAAAAUUGUUGCAUCAAAUCACCACCCAAACUCCCGAUUUCGUAGACUCUGACCUGACCUGGCUCUCGUGAGUUAUCUCGGGUAUGUUCAUCAUAUUAAUUAUCCAUUCCGAAUGAGGCA